CAUGCAGUGGUACUUUGCCAUUCAAAUGGGUAUUUCCUGGAAGAACUGCCUUACAACUGACCCUUUUUUUUUUAGGAUUGCAAAAGCAGCAAGUGCACCUUAGCGAUGAGACAUCGUGGGGAAAUGUAUUGUAAUGUGUAAGCACCUAAUUUGUCAAAUGCAGCAUGUAACAAGAAAGUCCUUUUAUAAAUGCAACAAACUAGCUGAGGGCUACUUAGCCUAAUAAGCUUAAAAUCUUAUUUCUCGUAGACAUCUGUCAAGGCAAAAGCAAGAUACACACAACACAAGCACGCUUAAUCCACUAGCUCAGGCUAAAGGCGAUGGAGCUUGUGUGCUGCUGCUUUGCAUCCAAAGGGGAGAUUGCAAAGGCGAAGAAUGCACUGUGCACAUUUGUGGAGAGAUGCACUGGGAACGCUGAAGUCCAUAAUAGCUAAGAAGGCAACCUACCAAACUGUGGGCUGUUCAAGAUGAAAGCUUCAUCAGAAGCACAAGAUCCUAACAUCAACUGAACUUGUAAGUUUUUUCUGCCUUUUUAUUCCUUCCUAGAUCAGUUGGAUAUUUUCAGGAGUAAAGAAGGAUAGGAAGAGGAGCAUAAUGGGCUGCACUCCUUCACAUAGUGAUAUUGCUAACCAUAAUGUGGCCCAUGGAAUCAAGUCACUGAACAGGGGUAUCCUGCCAGUUGAUCCAGAGGGUGAAGGUUCCCAGCUCCCAAUGCUGAUCAAAUGCUCCUCUUCAUAUGAUCUUGAGGAGUUGUGCCAGUUAGAGACUCAAAGUAAAGAUCACUUCUUUGAAAAUUCAUCAGAUGAGGACAAAAAUGUUAAUAUCCGCUCCUCCUCUGAGGAUACUUCUCUGCCUGAGAUUGACCAGGAAGAGAAGGAAAUGGAAAAGGUAAUCUCAGAGACUGAGAUAGCCAUAUCUGAACUGAUGGUGUCUCCCACCCGUAUGGUUGAGGAUAUUAAGGUCAAAAAGCAAAACUCUUCUGCAUCAGAAGAAAUUGGCUUUGCUUUGGAAGACAACGAUGCAAACAGUGAAAAGCAAAAUCCAAAGAAAGGGAAAAAGCAAAAGAGCAGCAGGCAGAGAAAACAAGGCCGUCAUUGCAAAAUUAAAGAAAAACCCAACCCACCCGAAUGCAAGGCAGAGGAGAAGGUGGAUUUCCCAGAGUUGCUUGUUAAAGCCCAUCAAAAUGCUUAUGCCUAUUUAAACCCCAACCUCUCCAAAUACGAGGUUAUCUUGUGCAUGGCCAACCAGGCCACGGAAACGCAACUAAUUAUGCAGCAGAUGGUGAGCUUUUUACUCCUUCGUUUUGAUGAAAUCAACCAUCUUUUGGGAGAAAUUGCCCAAGAUGGAGAAGGCCUACUAAGAGAUGUGGGAGGGAAUCUUGCUUGGCCAGCUGGCAAAGGGAACCUGAAAGAACAGCCAGAUCUCUUGCAGCAGUUACUACAGUACACAGUCAAUAAGAUGCAGCUGUUAAAUGGCACUGUGGCCUCUUUAACAUCUGAUGCCCUGCAGGAGUCCUGUAGCUUUCUACAGUCUGCAGGUAGCAGCUUGGAGGAAAAACUGAAAGCAAAACAAGCUUUUGAUGAGCGCUUGCUCAGGACAAUAAAACUCCUUGAAGCAUCUGCAGUCAAACCCUCUCACUCUCACCCUGAUGAUAUGACUCUUUAUUCUGAAGACAGUGGGAUUGGGAUUGACAGCGAAUCGGUCAAAGACCUGAACCUUCUUGAUAAACAGGGAAUACAAAAAAAUUGUGAUUCUUCUUCACAUGACCACCCAUCCUUAAAUCCAGCCAGGCCAUCAGGUGAAAUCCAGUGGUCAUGCACUUCACUACAUGCCACAGGCAGAUCCCACGACUGUGCCCUGGAAAGACAAUUUAAGGAUAUAUUUUACCCACCUGCACCCACCAAGAGUGUAAUGCCUAUUUCAGGUGUAGCUCCAGGAAGCACUGUUCUGCAGUAUCAAAACAUGUCCAAAACCUCUUCUCCUAACUCUAUGAAUGGUGGUGUCAUUCAUGAGGGUGGUUGUUUCAAAGACUGUGAGUCAACCACAAAUGAAGACAGUGAUGAUAGUAGCUUGUCUGAAGAAGAAGGUGACAAUUUAAGUCUGUCUGAAAAGGGAACUAAAGAACAGCCCACAUCUUCGCCUGCAGCAACCUACAGUAAACGGAGGCCUUCCACCAAACGGAUAGAGAGCCCAGAGAAUGAGGAAAUUACACUCAAGAUGAAAGAUGCCAUUAGUGAAAAGAUCAAGUUUGUCCCUGCUAAAUCUGGGAAGAGGGAUUGGGUGGAAGAUGAAAAUGGGAAGAUGCUGCGGCGGCCUAGCACAGCAGCUGGAAGCCAGAAGGCACCAGUUAAAAAGAAAAGGUCUAGGUCAGAGGAGUCUCUGAAAAGUCGUGCCGAGGACCCAACCCUUUUAGAACUUCAAAGGACUCAGAAGGGGCUUGACAAAAGGUUGGAAAUGUUUUACACACUUAAUGGAAACAAGGAUCUAAACGAUAAGACAGCAUCACUGAACCCAAAAGAGCCAUCUAACUUGCAAGAUUCUGAGCAUGUUAUUCAUAGAUCUUCCACUAAGAAACUGAAAGCAUCUCUUGCUAAAAACUUCAGCAUAUUGCCUAAUCAAGAUAAAGUCCCUUUGUUUAGGUGUGAUCAAAAUGCUUUCGGCCAACAAACUGGUGAAAGGAAAUGUCGAAAGCCUGUCACAAGCACCACACCCCCAAUGGAUUCAACAUCUAAGAAAGAAAAUGAGCUUCCUGGAACACAGAAGCUGAACAGUGUUGGUUGUGCUCCACCCCGCAAAUCUGUAAAGAAGUUAAUUGAAACAUUCAGCACCGCUGAAAGUCUUGUGAAACCUCCAAGUUUAAGAAUUUUGGGCCCAAUAAAAUGCGUCAGAAUGUUUGGACUUCCAAGCAUCACUCCCAGUCUCCCACUUCCUAGAGGACUUGCGCCUUUAAAUCACAAACAUAGAGUUUCACCAAUAGGAGACAUAAAUUGUCGAAACAUCAAUCCAGCACACUGUACCUUGGGUACCACUGGGUCACCUGUAUUUGCAAGCGGAAGUGGCACAAAUGGGGAUUCUGAUGAUGAUGAUGGCGAUGACAGUGAUGACAUGGAAGACCUGCCCCCACCACCUCCUGACAUGUUGAUGGACAUCUCACCUGAUUCAGCUACAUAUCCAAAAGAUGCAACAACAGGAGGAAACUAUUCAGAAAUUGCUAAAACAAAUGAGCAUUUCACCGCUAAAAAAGUUACUCACAUUUCUCAGCGAAUGAAAGCUUCUCUGUGUUCCAUUGACUUGUUACCGAGUAAGAAUCUGAACAGUCCCAGUCUCAUUACUAACAAAGCAACAAAAAGCACUAGGGUGGACUUCAGACCAAGAAAAUAUUCCCUGGAGUUGAAUUCCAGCUAUAUGUCUGAUAACAACCAAGACAUGUCAUCAGGAUCCCCAGAGGAACAUGAAGUGGAAGAAACUACAGAUCUGUAUAAGCAGACAUGUAAGCUCAUACCUCUUCAAAAUCCUAAAGAAAUGCCAGAACAGGAUGCACCUGAGCCAGGAAAUAAAGACUGUAGCACACCUUCAGCUUCAGCUCAAAAGCGAGGCUCUCCUGAUUCACCCAGUGGAAGUGAGAAAAUGACUGCCUUUACCAAACGGGUGUCCCCCGCAAGAACACCACCUUCAUCACCCCCCAGUGAGAAAAGGCUCCCAAGCCCACCACUACAUCACAGGCACAUAAACCAAGCUUCUUCCCCCACUACCCACCAACAGCCAAGCCCCCCUGCUAAUCCCAGGGCAUCAAGCUCUCCAACACAAAGGAAGCAGCCUUCCCCACCAACCCAACAAAACCUGUCUAGCCCACCAUUGGGACGCAAGCAGCAGAGCCCACCAACCCACCGGAAAGUGUCCAGCCCACCAGCACUCCGCAGAGAAGCAAGCCCACCUCCUUUCUCAACAACCCCAUCCCCACCAACUUCCCCAUCUUGGUUGCACAAAGGAUUACGAAAUCACCUGGACUCUGGGAAUGAGCAGCAGACGCCCAUCCUGAAGAUUGUCAGCAAUACACGCUCAAUAUUUUGUCCAGCCACUUCCUCGUUAUUUGAAGCCAAGCCGGUGUUGCCACCUAACAGCUCCACAACAGAGGCUAUGGCGGACCAUCCCGAAGGGUCAGCAUUUGCGCAGAGGAACAGCAAACAUCUCAGGCAAUGUGGGGAUCAACAGAGGAGGGUGUCCCUCAGUGCUGCCAAUCCCCAACCUUUUGUGAGGAGGAGUUCCUCUGAUCGCAGGCCAGGAUUUCAGCGUCCGCUGCCAUUCUUUGCCACAUCUGGUAGUGAACCUGUGCUACUUCAAACAAGGUAAGAGUCAGUAUUUUCAAAGCCUUUAAG